AUGGACAGCAGGCGACGCGGCGUCCCUCAGCAACGCGUUGCAUCAAGUGAAGAAAUCGAAUGUUGGUCACAUGCGACGCAAUCAUUAAAUGAGCUGGCCAGCAUUUAUGUCAAUUCCGCUACUCAAGACACAAUAAGUCGCGUAAAUAGACUGAUAUCGGUUUGGCCGAUCGAUGACACCCUGCCUGCGGAAGGACUGGGUACUUUGAAGACCGUCCAAGGCAAAUUAACCUCUGGCCUUACAGAUAUUAUAGAAAAUGCGGGCAAGGAGAUCAAAGCAAUUGACGACGUAAUCGAGCGCAUAAGCGUCCUUAUUGCCCUUCGCAAGGCGCCUGAAGCCUUACAAUCUGCAGAGAAGCGCAAUAAACGACCAAGAGCACCAUCUCCGUCCGGGACUCCCAUUCCCUCAGGUGCUGCCGGGGCACGACCUGUCUCUAUCAUGGUUCCGCCACGAACGAGCUCCGUAGGGCCUGGAGCGCAUGGGCGAGAGUCAAGGGCGAAGAAAGACUCAACACCCAAACAGCAGCCAUUGCAACCAGGGCGAAAGGUCGUAUUCAGACCUCCUCCAAGUUCCGACCAAGAAGAAAGUACCUGGAUAAUGGCUAUCGUCACGCGUUUUCUUGGCCCAGAUAAACAUGGGGGCAAGUACGAAGUACAAGAUGCUGAACCACAAGAUGACGGUCAGCCUGGAGCCACAUACAUCGCCACUCUGAAGACGAUCCUUCCACUUCCUGACCCUGAUGCACCUACAGGCAGCCCAAGCCACCUUAGCCACUAUCCUGAAUUCCCUGUUGGCGCCACGGUAAUGGCUCUCUAUCCGGACACAAGUUGUUUCUACCGUGCCGAAGUUAUCGCAACUCGAGCAGCCGACCGCUCAUCUCCAUCAUCCAGAACGCCUAUGUACAAAGUCAAAUUCGAAGACGAUGACGACAUGGAACAUGCUGUACCAGCUUACUGGGUGGUUGAAUUCCCAACACAACAGUGA